AUGCCGGGUCAUUUAAAAUAUAUUGAAGUUGAAAACUUUAAAUCUUACCGAGGAAAACAGCUAAUCGGACCGUUCAAGAAAUUUACAGCAAUCAUUGGUCCCAAUGGAUCAGGAAAAUCCAACUUGAUGGAUGCAAUCAGUUUUGUAUUGGGAGAAAAAACAAGUAAUCUUCGAGUGAAAAAACUCAGUGAUUUGAUCCAUGGCGCUCCUAUUGGUAAACCUGCAUCCAACAAAGCUGUUGUGUCAGCAGUUUAUAUUGACAGCGAAAGCCAUAAAGAAACCAAAUUUACAAGAAUUAUUCAUGGCUCUGCAUCAGAUCAUAAAGUUAAUGGAAAAGGUGUUUCAUCGGCCCAAUAUGCCCAAGAAUUAGAAAAAAUUGGUGUUCUUGUGAAAUCUAAAAACUUUUUGGUAUUUCAAGGAACUGUGGAAAGUAUUGCCAUGAAAAAUGCCAAGGAACGUACUGCUAUGUUUGAAGAAAUCAGCAGAUCUGGAGAAAUGAAAGAAGAAUAUGAUAAAGCCAAGGCUGAAAUGUUGAAAGCAGAGGAAGAUACUCAGUUUAAUUAUCAUAAAAAGAAAGGCAUUGCUGCUGAGAAGAAAGAAGCUAAAUUGGAAAAAGAAGAGGCUGAACGAUAUCAGAAACUCAAAGAACAACUGGCAGAAAAACUACUUCAGCUGCAACUCUUCAAACUGUAUCACAAUGAGAAAGACAUUAAAGAACUUAAUGAAGAACUGAACAUGAAAAAUGCAGGUUUGGAUCGUGAAAUGAAGAAGAGAGAUAAGAUUGAAGAUGAGAUAAAAGAAAAAAAGAAAGAGCAAGGAAAACUAAGUAGAGAUCUUACAAAGAUUGAGCAACACAUCAAAGAAGCCGAAUCCGAGCUGAACAAGAAACGUCCAUUAUACAUCAAGGCUAAAGAAAAAACUGCUCACAUGAUCAAGAAGCUUGAAGCAGCAAAGAAAUCCCUCAAGUCUGCCAAGAAGACAUAUGAUAACCAUGAAGCUGAGAUUCGCCAACUGGAGAAAGAACUUGAAGAAGUUGAAGAAAAGAAAAAAGAAUAUGAAAAAGGCAUAGAAGAAGAAUCUCAGUCCCAAGGUAGAGACCUUCAGUUGGAAGAGUCUCAGGUUCAGGAGUACCAUCGUUUGAAAGAAGAAGGUGGCAAAAAAGCUGCCCGUUACUUACAAGAGAUGGAAUCCAUUAACCGUGAACAGAAAUCGGAUCAAGAUCGAAGGGACAAUGAAGAACGUAAAAAAAGUGAAAUGGUUAAUAAAAUCGAGCAGAAGAAACAUGAGAUGGAAGAAAACAAGAAACGAGUGGAGAAACUUAACGAUUAUAUAAAAACAAGCAUGCAGGCUGUAGAGGAACAGAAGAAGACUGCUAGGGAACUUGAGGAAGAAGUAACUACUGCUAAUGCCAGGAUUGAGCAGAUCAACUCUGAACUAAGUGAUGUUGUUGAGCAGUUAGGCGAAGCCAAAGUUGAUAAGCAUGAGUCAUCUCGAGCUAUAAAGAAGGCAGAGCUACUUGAAAAUCUGCGGAGACUUUUCCCCGGUGUGUCUGUUGCUUUGGAUGGGACCCUAUUUCAAAAGUCUGGUAUUAUUUCUGGUGGAGCCAGUGACUUACGUGCCAGAGCACGUCGUUGGGAUGAGAAAAUGUUGAACCAACUGAAGACCAAAAAGGAGAAGUUGACUGAUGAAUUGAAGGAACAAAUGAAAAAGAAAAGGAAAGAAUCCGAAUUGAACACGGUCAAUUCUCAAAUUAAAGGCUUGGAAACCAGACUGAAAUAUUCCAUAACUGACAGAGACAAUACUUUAAAUAAACAGUUAACCCAAAAUGAAAGAGACUUGAACACAUACAAUGAAAUGCUGAAAUCCUUUGAGCCUCGAAUUAAAGAAAUUGAUCGCAGAAUGUCUGAACGAGGUGAAAAAAUAAAAGAUCUAGAAACUAAAAUGAAUAAUGUAGAAGAUGAAGUUUUUUCCGAAUUCUGCAAACAGAUCGGAGUCGAUAAUAUCAGGCAAUACGAAGAAAGAGAACUUCAAGUCCAGGAGGAGAGAGCCAAAGUCCGGUUAGAAUUUGAAAAUCAAAGAUUCAAGCUUCAAAAUCAAAUUGAAUUUGAAAAAUCUCGUGAUACAAUUGGUAAUGUACAUAAAUGGGAUAAAACUGUAAAGGACGAUGAAAAAGAAUUAGAAAAAGUGAAAAAUGAUGAACAAAAACACAUGAAGGUAAUUGAUGAAGCAAUGCAAAGCCAAGAACGAUAUAAACAGCAGCGUAUCACCACAAAGUCGCAAGUUGAUGACAUGGAAGAUGUUCUGAAUGAGAUCCGCAAGCGUCUAACGGCGCAACAGAAAGAGAUAGCCACUUGGCAAAAGGCUAUCAAUACUCUUGAGACAAAAGUUGAACAGAAAAAGGCUGAUCGCCACAGUUUACUAAAAGCUUGUAAGAUGGAUGAUAUUCACUUACCAAUGAAGCGGGGCUCAAUGGAUGAUAUCAAAGGAAUUUUUAAACAGAUUGACUAUAGUAUGUUAGAUGAAGAAGAAAAAGAGCUUGAUCAUCCUGAAGAUGUAAAGAAGGCUCAAGAUGCACUCAAUAAAGCAAUGUCUGAUAUGCAGUCAACAUUGCAACGAAUUAAUGCACCAAACAUGAAAGCAAUGGAAAAGCUUGAUGGUGUGCGAGAACGUUUCCAGGAAACUUCUGAGGAAUUUGAAAAUGCUCGCAAACGGGCUAAAAGAGCAAAGACUAACUUUGAGAAAAUCCGCAAAGAAAGAUACGACAGGUUCAUGCUGUGCUUUGAUCACGUGGCCACAAGGAUUGAUGAAGUAUACAAAGCUUUGUCCAGAAAUCCUAGUGCCCAAGCUUUUCUUGGCCCUGAGAACCCUGAAGAACCUUACUUGGAUGGUGUUAACUACAAUUGUGUAGCCCCUGGAAAACGUUUCCGACCAAUGGACAAUUUGUCCGGAGGAGAAAAAACAGUUGCUGCUCUUGCAUUAUUAUUUGCAAUUCACAGUUUUCAACCAGCUCCUUUCUUUGUCCUCGAUGAAAUUGAUGCUGCUUUGGAUAACACAAAUAUUGGCAAAGUUGCCUCAUAUAUUGAAGAACAGGCUGAAAUUAACUUCCAAUGUGUCGUGAUUUCUUUAAAAGAAGAAUUUUACAACAGAGCAGAUGCCCUAAUUGGUAUUUACCCCGAGGUUGGGGACUGCGUUAUCAGUAAUGUCAUCACUUGUGACCUGACUGAAUAUGCUAAUGUGCCUCGAAAUGAUGAAAACGAACUUUCUAUACGAUUGACACGCUGA